GCGAAAGAGCGGAUAGGCACGAACCGAAAAGCAGAGUAAAAAUAACGGUGAGAGAAAUAAGAGAAAAACAGCCUUUGAGGAAGCGCGAAGAGCACGCUAAAUGACACGUUCGGGCUCGGCGCGCCUGUUUGAAACGUAGCGCCUUUCGCACCAGAAGAAUCAUGUGGAAGUUGCCCCGCGGUGCGCGCCGCUCCGCCGCGCUCCAGUGACCGGCCGGCGCCCGUCACCUUGCUGCACCUGGGCGCGUGGACGCUCCUCCUCCUCCUCCUCACGCCGGCGGUGACCCUAUGAGCGCGCACAGAUCCCCGGACCCGGGCUGCUCAUGGGCGGUAUAGGGGGCUCCUUGCACCUCAGCAUGUUGAAUGGCACCGAGCCGCAGGGCUGCGACAACAAGCUCGCGGACCUCGAGCAUCACCUGCACCGCGCCAAGGACCUGGGCGAGCUGAAGGUGGGCAUCCAGGACGCGCGCUUCUACUACCAGGAGCCGAUCGGCGGCGCCCAGGACGGCGUGUCCGUGCCCUACCACGCGGGACAGGCCGUGAGCGCGCUGGGGCCGCAGGGGGGCCGGUUCUACCCCCAUGCCGCGCUGGGCAGCUGCCCCUUCGGAGGGGUCCGAUCCCAGAGCCGCGCCGGCCCAGGACACUCGUUCGCUCCCGCGGCGUCGGAGGCCUUCGGAACCGCGGGGAAGGAGGCGUACCAGGGCGGGGGGGAGAGCUACCCGGCGCCCUUCCAGCACGCGUACCCGCGCGCGCCCCUGUACCCGUUACCUGGGCUCCAGGUGUGCGGCAAGACGCAGGUGCUGCUCAACAACUACCCGCUGUGGGCCAAGUUCCACAAGUACCAGACGGAGAUGAUCAUCACCAAGCAGGGCCGGAGGAUGUUCCCCUUCCUCAGUUUCAACAUCAGCGCCCUGGACCAGUCUGCCCACUACAACGUGUUCGUGGACGUGGUUCUGGCCGACCAGCAUCACUGGAGGUACCAGGGCGGGAAGUGGGUCCAGUGCGGCAAGGCUGAAGGCAACAUGCCAGGUAACCGGAUGUACAUGCAUCCCGACUCGCCCAACACCGGGGCUCACUGGAUGAGGCAGGAAAUCUCCUUCGGCAAGCUGAAGCUCACCAACAACAAGGGCAGCUCCAACAACUUGGCCCAGAUGAUCGUCCUGCAGUCGCUGCACAAGUACCAGCCGCGGCUGCACAUCGUCGAGGUCAAGGAGGACGGCACCGAGGACCCCUUCCUGGCCUCCAAGGCGCAGACCUUCGUCUUCCCCGAGACGCAGUUCAUAGCCGUGACGGCGUACCAGAACGCCGACAUCACUCAGCUAAAAAUAGACCACAACCCUUUCGCCAAAGGUUUCCGGGACAAUUACGACACGCUGUACGCGCCCCCUGACUCCGCCGAGCGCCUCACUCCCUCCCCCUCGGAGACCCAGCCGCUCCUGCCGAGCGGCUGCUACACCCAGCCCUACCUGGGCGAGCCGUACGUGAGCUCCCUCCCGCAGGGCCGCUUCUACGGCCGUGAUCGGGCUUCCGGCGCCCAGCCGGCUAAAGAGCCGGGCGGCGGCCCUCACGGCCACUGGUACCUCCCGGGCCAGCAGGGGGUGCCCUCCAACCGGCUGGACUUUAACUCCUACGAGGGGGACUACUCGGCCGGCGGCUUCUACAAGCCCUUCCCCCUGCAGGGCUCCGCUCACCCCCACCUGAGCUACUAUCCGGAUCACCCGUUUACACCUAGCGGCGUCUCCGGUGCCACGUCGGGGGCGUGGGGUGCGAGCCGCCCAUCCCCCCAGUACCUCGGCCACUCCCACCCCAGUAAGGCAGGUCCGGGUCUGGGCUGGUUCCGCCCCGUGCCCCCCGCAUCCUCCUCGUCGGCGUCCUCCGACCCCCGGGUGCACCCCAGCGCCCUGCUGGAGCCACCACCCCUGCCGCCGGCCCUGCUGCCCGACAAGCCUAAGGAGCCGGGCGAGGACCCGUGGCUUGAACCCACCUCCGUGAGGUCCGUGGACUCGGCCGACUCGGGACUCUACGAUGGCGCCGAGAGCAAGAGGAGGAGGGUGUCUCCGUACGCCUCGAGCACCGAGAGCUCCCCGCCCACCCGCGGCACUGAGGCCGGCGAGAAGGACAGCGGCAGCGACGCUGGCUACUACGGCUUCUACAACAAUUAGGAGGAACACCAUCGCCCCCGUGUGGCCGUCGCCCACCAGCCUGCGCUGACGAGGCACAGUUCGGGGUUGGAGCUCAUCCCACACCGGAAGGCAUCUAGGAGGGGCGUGUGCCGGUCCACCGAGCUUGACCACAUCCUGCCAUCGCAGCAACCCCAGAUCACGGUAGCAGCACGGUAGCAACACGGUAGCAGCAAAGUACACACGGGACGGUCCUCAACACAGACCUCAGUCGGUCAGCAGGUUCUUUUUACCGUGGUCUACAUUUUUACCGUGCUGUGCUGUACCUACAAGCAAAGGCAAUCCAGCUGCCCCCCCUUCACGUACUUUUUUCUCCCUGUAUUGGUCCAGCAGGUGGCGUAGUGGUUAGAAUCGCCAUCCCUCGACUCAGAGGUCACGGGUUUGAA